AAGCUUAACCCGCUUUUCCAUUUUGCCACCCGAAGGAUCUGGAAAGAUUGAACCGGGCAGACAGCAAGGAAGCUAACAGUAUGGAACUACGAUACCAGGAUUCCACGUGUCCUCCGCUUAAACAAUCGACUUGCAGAGAGAGAUCCUUAUCAAUCUCCCGUACACCCUCCAUUUGAUCAAACAUAUCGCUUCUCUCCCUACAUCCCAUGCCCAACUCGGGAACCAGCGAGUUUAGACCCAGUGCCGAGUCCUCGGAUUCGGACUGGGCCAAUUUGACCCAGGAAUGCCUCACCAACGUCCUCUCGCGGCUCUCCCAGGAGGACCGGUGGCGGCGAGCCAUGCUAGUCUGCAAGCCCUGGCUCGAUGCCUGCAAGGAUCCGGCGCUUCUCUCCGCGUUCGAUCUCGAACCCAACUUCGACUCACCCGCCGAGUCGCCACUCUGGUGGACCCCCGAGUUCGAACGGAAGAUCGACGCUAUGCUUCGAUCAGUCGUCGCUUGGGCUGCCGGAGCUCUUGUGGUUAUUCGCGUCAGACACUGCUCUGAUCAAUCUGUGGCGCUGGCCGCUGAGACGUGCCCAAACCUUCAGGUUCUUUCAAUCAAGAGCAGCAUGAACGUCACUGAUGCAUCCAUUGCUAAGAUAGCUUUCAGAUGUCCUAUGCUUAGAGAACUUGACAUAAGCUACUGCAAUGAAAUAUCCCAUGAAUCUCUGCUGUUGAUAGGAAGGAAUUGUCAUCACCUUAAGGUUCUGAAGCGGAACUUGAUGAAUUUGUUAGAACCUUCACAGCAUGCAGGAAUUGUCCCUGAUGAAUAUCUAAAAACUUGCCCUCAAGAUGGGAAUUUGGAGGCUGCUGCCAUUGGGAAGUGUAUGCCUAAUUUGGAGCACCUAGAAAUUCGAUUCUCAAAGAUAUCAGCUAAAGGCCUUGCAUUAAUUGCUGAUGGGUGCCUGAACCUUGAGUAUUUGGAUCUGUCUGGCUGUGCCAACUUGACUGGUCGAGAAAUUUCAAAUGCGUCAUCCAGUUUGAAGAAAUUAAAGAAAAUUCUGAAGCCAAAUUUCUACAUCCCCAGGUCAGUCUUUCACACCGAGAGGUAUGGCCAUUGGAGGUUGUAUGAUGAUCGGUUCCAAACCGAUAUUUUCCGAAUCUGAUCAGGCUAAAAGAGGAAUAAAAGUCCCUGGUUCAUUUUAUGAAAUGACAGUGGCUUGAGCAAUAUAGCGAAAAGCAUGUUGCCUGUGCUGCUCUAUAGUCCUCUCAACAGUCGACAAGGGGUUGGGUAGACAACUUACUGCUUUUGUCUAUUGCUUAUUCAAAAAAUGUGCGAGAGAGCUCUCUGAUGUUGUGUUUGUGUUCUGCUAUUUCUUGUGUAUUGUGUUACUGUAUUUAAGAUUAUGAUCACAUGUUGUCUUGUUUGUAAAUGUUUAUGAUUUCAUGUUUUUCUUGUAUGUUGAAUGGGCGUGUACAAAAUUUGUGCAA